AAAAGAUUCCUCGCGUUUUCAUCACACGAACUGCAGUGGCUGGAUUUUGUGUGCUGCCGUCGUUUUAGACCCCGGGAAAAUCGAUUUACCUGGCCCGAAAGACCACCGGAAAAAAGAUGGCCCAAAAUUUCGCUGAGGACCAGUACGGCAAGAAGAUCGAUCGCUGCCUGACGGAUACGCUGAUCAAAUUUGGUGGCGGUCUUGCUCUGGGCAGUGUGUUCUCGUUGCUAUUCUUCAAGCGGCGUGCGUGGCCAAUCAUCAUGGGUUCCGGUUUCGGCGUCGGAAUGGCCUACACCAACUGCGAACGUUCGCUCAAUAGCAAGUAGAUGGACCAGGAGAAUGACGGACGGUCGAUCAAUCGGUGCUGCUGCGCUGCGUGCGGCGAUUAGGCGAUGUGGUUUUCUUAAUAAAUUAUGUGUUAAAUAAUUUACGAA